AUGAUGCUGAUAAACCAAGACUCUGGAGGAUCACGAAGAAAGGAUAGAAUUAGUGAAUUACCUGAACCCCUUAUUCAUCUCAUUCUCAGUUUUCUUCCAACCAAAUGCGUCGUUUCUACGAGUGUUUUAUCUAAAAGAUGGAGGUACAUUUGGACCUCAGUACCUGUUAUUGAUCUCCGUGAAGUGGAAUUUCCAGAGUAUUUUGGACUAGAAGACUCAUAUGAGACAGAUGAGGAGCUUGAAAGAGUCCAGAAUUUAUGUUUAUCGCUGGAGCAGAGUUUGAUGAAUUUUGUGGACAAAAAUCUCUCUCUUCACUACGAGGCACAAGAUAUAAAGAAAUUCUAUCUUGGCACUAGUGAUAAGUUUGAUCUUGAACUUGAAAAGCUUGAAGAAUGGCUGUCUGCAUUAUUCACAAGGCAUAACCUUGAAGAGUUUGUUUUCUACCCAAACAAUUCGCUGGAGGAAGGUUUCUUUCCUUCAAGUGGGAGAUAUGCAUCACUGGUUAUUAUGGAGUUGGAUACAUGGGAACCAGUUUAUCUUCCCGAUGCAGUAAAUUUUCCAAAUCUCAAGAUUUGUAAGCUUUCGCAUGCCUACCUGCAUUUGUAUUCUGAUGAUCCGACUCAACAGUUCUUUUCUAACCUUCGUGUUCUCGAAGAAUUAGAGUUGAUUGAAUGUCAGUGGGACAUAUCUGAUCAAUUAUUAAUUUCAGCUCCUGCUUUGAAAUAUCUGCUCAUUACUGGUCCUAGUGAAUGCACAGAUUUUGAUGAUAACGUUCCCAUGUAUGUAUUUAUGAUGCACAUUUUCGCACCAAAUUUAUUGUCCCUCAGGUACACUGAAGUUUCAGCAAAGGAUUAUAUUUUGCAUCGCUUUGAGAAACUAGUUGAUGUGGAGAUUGACUUUGAACAUGAUAAUGCUGAUAUGCCUCUGCCACAAGAGAAUGUUGCAAUUACAACUAAGGUUGUUAAAGAGCUUUCUAAUGUAAGGCGUCUAAAGGUUUCUGGUGAGACUUUUGAGGAACUCUUAUUUCCAGACAAUCUCCUUACAAAUUGGCCCAUGUUCCAUAACUUGGUCCGAUUGGAACUGACUUCGGGGAUCUCUUUUUCUAAACAUAAAACACUGUUGAACUUUCUCAGAAUCUCACCCAAUCUCAAAACACUUGUUUUUGCUCAGGGCUUUGUUGGACAGCAAUCCAGCACUGAUAGUGGUUGGACUCCAGAUAUGAUUCCUCAGUGUGUGUUGUUGCACCUCAAGUCCGUCAAGUUUUGUGAAUUUUAUGGGUGCUUGGAAGACCUCACUGCCGUAAAGACAUUUUUGAAGAAUGCAAGAGUUCUAAAGAGGAUGAUUAUCAAGUUUGAUUCGGAUUUAUCAACAGAUGAGCAGAACAAAGUAAUGAAGAAGUUGCUAAAAUUUCCAAGAGGCUCCCCUAGGUGCAAAAUUCAGGUCUCAUAA